GAAAAUGUUAAUUUAUCAAUCAGCUAAACAACAUGGCGGUCACCCGUCGUGGCUACAUUUAUGGAGCGUUUGUGUCUAGUGUUGUGUGUGUGAUAUUAAUAAUAGUUGCAAUCGCGAGUGAUGCGUGGAUAGUAUCAACUAUGUACUCAGAUAAUUAUAGGGAUAGUACAGUGACCUAUGGUUUGUUUUCCGGAGAAUUUGGACUAUUUCUCUUAACGACACCAUCUUUUAGUGCUCUUUAUAUGACAUGUGUACCUUCUGAGAACGCGUGCGCCGUCAGUUGUAAGACUGUAGCUGAAGCGAGAAAAGAAGAGGUGAAGGCGUUAGCACAAGGCUACAGACCGAACGACGGUUGUAGUGCAGUGACGAUUGUUAAUACGACAGAUCCAUUACCUGAUCCUCCGGUUCUGCCAUUCGGUGUCUACGUUAGUGUGCUCCUUUUCCUCUUUAUACAACUAGCGCUUGCCGCUAUCGCUGCGGCGUUAGCGUUGCUUAAUGCUUUGAAAAAUCCCACAGAACCUAUAUUUUCCUUACCAGGUUGUGUCUGGACAAAUGUGGCAGCAGAAUGUGCUGGUUUAAUAGUUAUGUUGACGUUCGGUAUAUAUUGGGCGGCGUCGACGAUUAAGAAACAUCUGGCAUUCUCUUACGUAGCCUUAGGAUCUUUGACUGUUGACGCCAGUUUAGGAUAUUCUUAUUGGGUUCUUAUAGGUGCUGUUAUAUGUUCCAUGUUGAACGUUGUGUUGUUAGAAACAAGAAGAAUAUUGUUGGAAAGGGAUCCUCCACCGCCGACUAUAAAAGUUGAAAACCAUUCAGACGGUACCAUAUUCUUAUAUUAAAUAAAUUGUUAUGAAAUAUAUAUUUAUAUUUAAUUAAAUACAUGUGAAAAAUAAAUCAUAU